AUGUCUCACCGAGCCAACGUCAGAAUUCAGAGAAGAGGCUUCAGCAACUCAUCUGCCAUUUUACCUAACUUGGGUCGCAACAACUGGAGCUCACAAAGUGUGGGCAGAGGUGGAAGCUAUGGUGCUGGAAGUGCUGGCUGGGGCCAAGCCGGUGGGGCUAGUUUUGGCAGCCGAAGCCUUUACAAUCUUGGUGGACCCAGGAGAAUCGCGGUUGGAGGCAGUUAUGGCAGUGGCUUCGGUGGAGGCUAUGGGUAUGGUGGUGGAGUUUAUAAUGGCUAUGCUGUUGGUGGUGGUAUUGGUGGAGGCUAUGGGCUAGGUGGAGCUGGUUUUGGCGGAGGAAGAGCGGACGCUGGCUUCCCAGUUUGUCCACCAGGUGGAAUCCAAAAAGUAACUAUCAAUUCGCACCUGUUGGCGCCUCUGAAACUGGAGAUUGACCCCAACAUAGAGAAGGUCCGCAAAGAAGAAAGAGAGCAGAUCAAGACACUCAACAACAAGUUUGCCUCCUUCAUAGAUAAGGUGCGUUUCCUUGAGCAAGAGAAUAAAGUGCUGGAAACAAAAUGGGCUCUGCUGCAGGAACAUGACCAGAAAACUGUGAAGAGUAACAUUGAGCCACUUUUUGACGCUUAUAUCAACAAUCUUAGGACACAGCUGAAUGAUCUGGAGAAGGAUAAAGUAAGGCUGGAUGGAGAGCUACAUAACACCCAAAACCUUGUGGAGGACUACAAGAGCAAGUAUGAAGAUGAGAUCAAUAAGCGUACAGAAGCAGAGAAUGACUUUGUAAUCCUCAAGAAGGAAGUGGAUGUUGCCUACAUGAUCAAACCAGAACUAGAAACUAAAUUACAAUCUUUAGUUGAGGAGAUUGAUUUCCUCAGAGUCCUGCAUGAAAUGGAACUGGAAGAGCUACAGAGGACAAUCUCUGACACUUCUGUGAUUUUGUCCAUGGACAACAAUCGCUAUCUGGACCUCGACAGCAUCAUUGCUGAAGUCAAAGCCCAGUAUGAAGACAUUGCAAAGAAAAGCAGGGCGGAGGCUGAAGCUUGGUACCAAAGCAAGUACGAGGAACUCCAAGAUACUGCUGGAAGGCACACUGAUGAUCUUCGUAACGCCAAGCAUGAGAUUUCAGAACUUACCCGACAUGUCCAGAGACUGAAGGCUGAAAUCGAAGGUGUGAAAAAGCAGUUUGCUAACCUAAAGGCAAAGAUUGCUGAAGCAGAAGACCGAGGUGAACUGGCACUCAAAGACGCAAGGCAGAAAUUGGCUGAACUGGAGGAUGCCCUUCAGAAAGCCAAGCAAGAGAUGGCCAGGCAACUCAAGGAAUACCAAGAGCUACUAACUGUGAAGAUCACCCUGGAUAUUGAGAUUGCUACCUACAGGACGCUCCUGGAAGGAGAAGAAUAUCGGUCAAACAGAAAAUGCUCAGAGUCUUCUCUGUCUCUUCUUUUCGCAGCUGUUACCACUUCACGUGUUUUAGGAGGAUCUGCUGCUGGCAGCGGUCUUGGCUAUGGAUGUGGCCACAGCCUAGGUGGAGGUAGUUGCUUUGGAGGAGGAGGAGGCGGUGGCAGCAAUAUUGUAGACCUUGGAAAUGGCAGCUGUUCUAGCAUGAAAUUUGUUUCCUGUCCUCCGACAAGUUACAUAAGCUAAAGGUCCAAUUCCUUGUACCUUUAAAAAUGAAACAUGUGGACCCUGUCCUCCCUGGACCACUCCAUGUGUUCUUUGCUCCAUGUUCAAAUUUUGUACGACAUGCCAUUUCUUUGUAUGUAGGCAGCACUCUGCUUUUCAAAUGAGUCAAACUGCAUAGAGGAGAGGCUUGUUAUUUUCCUCCUUUCAUCCAAGUCAGAUUUCUACAUUUUUCAAGGUUUGUGUAAACUAGAUAAUUUUCUGUGUUGUUUUUUAUGCUUAAAACCUGUACUUUGAAAUAUGGCUUUAC